UGCCGCUAUGGCGUCGCUGCAGGUGGGAGCUGUGUUCCGUUCUGCCCUUCUCCUCCUUUUGCUGGAGGUGGCGAGCGCGGGAUUGAACGGUUACUUCGGCACCAAGUCACGCUACGAGGAUGUGAACCCGUACCUGCUGCGCGACCCGCUGUCUCUGGGUCCCGCCGCGGUCGGGUCUGGGCUGCCGCCCUCCUGCGCGCCGCUGCAGCUCCGCGCCUUGCUCCGCCACGGCACCCGCUACCCCACGGCCGAGCAGAUCCGCCGCCUGGCCGACAUGCACGGCCUCCUCCUCCACCGCAGCCCCGCCGCUGACGCAGGAGCGGCCGCAGCUGCCUGCCCCGUCGCUGCCGACCUCGCCGCCUGGCACAUGUGGUAUAACGAGAGCCUCGACGGGAGGCUGGCGCCGCAGGGCCGGCGCGAUAUGGAGCAGCUGGCCCGCCGUUUGGCAGCCCGCUUUCCAGCCCUCUUCGCCGCCCGCCGCCGCCUGGUGCUGGCCAGCAGCUCCAAGCACCGCUGCCUGCAGAGCGCCGCCGCCUUCCGCCGCGGGCUCGGGCCGUCCUUCAGCCUCGGCAGCGAUGAAACAGAGGUGGAAGUUAAUGAUUCCCUGAUGAGAUUUUUUGAUCAGUGCGCCAAGUUUGUAGCCUUGGUGGAAGAGAACGCCACGGCGAUGUGCCAGGUGAAGGCGUUCAAAGAGGGGCCAGAGAUGAAGAAGGUCGUGGAGAAGGUUGCACGUGCCUUGUGUUUGCCGGUGGAGGAGCUAAAUGCAGAUCUUGUUCAAGUGGCUUUUCUCACCUGCUCAUAUGAGUUAGCUAUAAAAAAUGUGACCUCCCCAUGGUGUUCACUCUUCAGUGAAGAAGAUGCCAAGGUACUGGAAUACCUGAAUGACCUGAAGCAAUACUGGAAGAGAGGAUAUGGCUAUGACAUAAAUAGUCGCUCCAGCUGCAUUUUAUUCCAAGAUAUCUUCCAGCAUUUGGACAAAGCAGUAGAAGAGAGCAAAAGUUCAAAACCUAUUUCUUCACCUGUGAUUGUACAAGUUGGACAUGCAGAAACACUUCAGCCACUGCUCGCCCUUAUGGGUUUGUUCAAAGAUGAUGAGCCUCUCAAGGCAAACAAUUACAUCAGGCAAGCGCAUCGAAAAUUUCGCACUGGCCGGAUCGUGCCUUAUGCCGCCAACCUGGUAUUUGUGCUUUACCACUGUGACCAAGUGAAAAAUCCUGAAGAAGAGUAUCAAGUACAGAUGCUGUUGAAUGAAAAACUGAUGUUGUUUCAGCACUCGAAUGAAACCAUCUCUACUUAUGCAGACCUCAAGGACUAUUACAAGAACAUCCUGGAAAAUUGCCACUUCAAAGAAGAGUGUGAAUUGCCAAAAGUUAAUAAUACUGCUAUUGAUGAACUUUGAGGGAAUGAAACGGAGUGGGUGUUCUGAAAAUUGAUCUCGGUUCUGCUUAACAGAUGUUGUGAACAACUGCUUUUGAUGAUUUGCUGCUGCUGUGUUGACUUUGAAAAUUAGCUGAUUUGAUGGGUUGAUUAUGUAAAUACGUAAUUUCAUUGGUCGUUCCUCUUAUGAAUGUGCCAUAGAUGGAUUUUGAGAGCUGGGACAACUUCUGUUUUAUCAGGCGUCAGAUGGAUUUACUAUUGCUUUGAUCUGCCUCUUUUGCUAGCUGCUUUUUUCCUGUGGCAGGCAUGAAAUAAUUUGAACCCAUGAGCUUUUCUGCUCCUUUUCCUGAGCUUCUAGGAGGGAGAGAGUACAUAGUACUUCUGCACAGCUGCCCAGUAUCUGGCUGGACAGUGCCAUGUGAACAUCUUUCUUGGGCAUUUAAAGCAGGCAAAGUUGCAGUGUUCCUGCAUUCAUCAUUGACCUACCCUGCAUAGCAAUUUAGCCUCCAGGGUAAGUAGACUUAAAAAUAAAGUGGGGCAGUGGGAAGAUGCUCUGGGAGAUGCAGCAGUUGUCUUUCACUUGACACCAUCAAUUUCUUGUGUUAAAGUUUUGGGUUAGGGCAUUCAGAUUAGGCUCUGCUACUUAUCUUGGUCCUGAUGAGGUGCUGACACUUACCUUAGCUGCUCUGGUUGGAAGGGACCUGUGGAGGUCUGCAGUCCAGCCUCCUGCUUGAAAUGGGAUUGUUGCUAACCCUAAAUCAAGGCAGGUUUUGGACUGUAAAAAGUAACUGUCUGAGGCUUCUGCUAGCUUUAAGGCACCAAAUGCAGUGUCACUUAUGUGGGACUUAUACAUUGAUGUGCUGCCUUGUUCUUGAAAUUAAGCUGGUCUUAAAGAAAUUAAUUGCAUACAAAUACUGGUGAUUUUUUAGACAACUGCACUUAAAAUAGGUUCACUUGCUACUGAAAGUUGGAAAGUAUUUUAGAGCUCUGCAGUGUGGCAGAAAAACAGGAAAAGAAGAUAAUUGUUCAGAAUGUCUGAAAGUAAGUCAGUUAAAAAUCCCAUCAUUGCCCAAGAGGAAUGACUCUGAACAAGUUGCCCCAGAGCAAAUGAGUGUAUGGAUUUAUGGUCUGGUAGCUCUUGAAGUGUGUACUCACAUCCUAUAAUGAAUGUUCCAGAGCUUGUGCUGUAAAGUGAGACUUAGUUUGCUGUGUUUACUGAGGAAGGGGUGAAAGGUUGGUAUAAGUGAUUAUCACAGGGUAUCAGGUGUGCUAUAAAUGUUUAUACCCUUGUUUGCUGCAGUGUAAUUUCUUUUUGUAGGUUCACCUUUCAUGACUGAGAACUUAAUUGCUGCAAAAACAGAAAAGAGAAAAAGAGGCUGAAAGCUGAGGAGUUAAACUUGGUGUAUGGUGGUGUUCUGUUCUGUUUUGUUUUGUUUUUCUUCAGGACUUAGGCUUUUGUCACUUUUUUUUUAAUAUGGCUUGUAUAAAAGCACUUAAAGUUUACAUAUCUGUAAGUUAAGGAGCAGUCCAGAAACCUGGUUUGUACUGUUUUACUGUUAAGGGCUUUCCCCUAUGUUGGGAUGUAGUGCCCUGUUUCAUCAGUGCACCAAUAUCUAUGGAGACCAAGGUUCUGAUCACUGAAGGUACUGAUAGAAAAGGGUUAUUAGAAAAGGGUUUUAAUAUUAACAUCCCAGUGGAGUACUUGCCUGUGUUAGCUCUGCAGCUCUUUUUGUGACGCUAGUGAGAUGGUUAGGGAGGAGUAUCAGUGCUAGAAACAAAUGCAGGAAUGUACGUCAGGAUACUUGUCAGCCCCAGCAUAUAUCAGCUUGGCAUGUCUCUUUUUUACGUGAUCCUACCUUGAGACUAGGUCAACAGAUAUUAAUGACUGUGACAGAUGCCUGUUAUGAACUUUAUUGCAACAUUGAGGCAAGCUAGGAAGACAUUAAUCUUUCUUUAAAGGCAGUUAAGUUCAGUAAAUAGCAGAUGUGAGAGUAAGAAAAUCCACCUUUGGACAAAUAUAUUUUCUGUGAGUCAGUCAUCCUGUGAUGAUUCAUGAUUUGAACAGAAAGGAUGAAAGCCUGACAGCUGGAGAUGAAUGGAGGAUUUCUGUUGUCAGUUCAGUGAAACCGAUUUUAAGACAUCGUUUGCUAACCCUCUUCCUCAUGGAGGAGGAAUACGUUGCACUUAACUGCAUUUUUAAUCAUGUUCCAGAUGAGGUGGAGGAACCAAAAAAUUCCUUCUACAGUGAAGCAUCAUUUGCUUAUGCAUUACCAAACUAAGUGUAUGAUUAAAUUGUUUGCAAAGGGCUUCAAGGAUGACUUUUCAGAGGCUGUGUUCUAUUAUGCCUUGGAAUACAAGUCCAUUGUAACUCCAGCAUAACAGGUAUAUCUUCAGUGGCUGUCAACAAUUAGCUGAAAAGGAAAAUGUACUGUUUCGUUUCUGACCUGUAUUUAAAGGAGACACUGACUCACUCCUUUGGCAGAAUUAGAGACUGAAUGUGGAAACUUUGCACAGUUUUAGCAAUAGCAGUGUUUGGACAUAUGUUUUAGGCAUUUGUUCAUGUGGCUGAUUCUUACCACUAAGGAGGUGACUUCAGAAAGACCCUUUUAUUUAUUAAAUAUAUACAUUUGUCUGUAUACUAUAAAUGAAAGCUAAAAAGCAUCAAAAUACAUUUUUGAUCACUGAACUACUUGAGCACUAGCUCAGUGUUUGAACAGGUUGUCGUAUCUCAUGGCAUUGCAGAUGACCAUAUCCUGAAAAAGUCCUGCAAGAAAAAUAAUGCUUUCUCUUCCUUUGUGUGGCUCUGGACAGAGCACCUCAUUUCAGUCAUCUGUUGAGGACUCUGCAACCUUUCUCAAACUGGAAGCUUUCAUUGAUGAAAAUUACCAAUGAUGUUCAUGGACACUGGUCUUAAAUAUGUUUGAAAUGCAUUUUAUUUUGUUAAAUGUCUAAAGCUUAGCUAAUAUUUCUGGCAAAUUCAUUUUCUUUCCUCCUAGUAAGUACUGCUGCUGUAAUUCUGGUUAGCAUUGAGCUGUCAAAUUGCUGGAUGCAAUGUAGUAAUAUGGUUCUAACUGGAUGAAUUUUGAGAACUUGUUUUGGAUUUUUAGUUCUGCGAAAUAAAACUGCACACUUUCUUCAUCUU